AAAAAUAAAAAGAAAUUAAUCCACCUUAUUAUAAUCCUAAACUUUGUAUUAAAAUUUUGGAUCUCAAAAUUGAAUUGUAGGAACGCAAAACCUUCGCAAUCUUUCUAGGGUUCUUAAUCCGCUCCGCCAAAUUCUCACUCUCUUUUCUCAUCUUCAGAAAAAAAGGGUUUGUUUAGAAAUGGAUGGUGAAGAGGUGAUGAAUGAGGUUCCUUCUUCUGUGGGAAUUUCUGGUUCUGAAGGUGAAAAUAACAGUGACAAGAAUUUGGAAAGAAGUGAUGAUUCUUUGAAUGAGGAGAAAAAGGUGGAAGCUGAAGAGUGUGAUAAUUCAUUGCCGGAAAGUGAACAGUGUUCUGAACCUGGCAAGAAGAAGGAUUUGGAAUUGGAAGUAGGUUUGGAGGUGACCGAGAAGACGGUUGUGAUAUCGGAGGAGGGAGUGAGAGAAACUGUGCAGGCUGAGAAUGUUAGUCUUUCUUUGAAGGAUGAGAGUCCUAAUGGAAGCGUUCAGAUUGGUAGACGAGGUGUUAAGAGAGCUCGGAUUACUGUUGAUGAUGAACAUCAACCUUCAGUUCAUUUCAUUUAUAAGUCCCUAACAAGAGCUAGUAAAAAGAAGCUUGAGGAAUUACUACAGCAAUGGUCCCACUGGCAUGCUAAACAUGUUUCCUCAUCGAAUGAUCCUAGCGAAGUGUUGGAAUCUGGUGAGGAGACAUUUUUUCCUGCUCUACGUGUUGGACAUGAAUCGGCAUCUGCUGUGUCGUUCUGGAUGGAGGACCAGACAAUGAAUGAUAUAAACAAAGAUGUUAGUCCUAUAGAUGGUAGUUCUGUGCCUCUCUAUGAUCGUGGAUAUGCUUUGGGAUUGACUUCAGAUGAUGGUUCAAAUAAUGCGGAUGGUGGUCUGGAAAUCAUAGACGCUCCUUCCCGAUGUUUCAAUUGUGGUUCAUACAGUCAUGCCUUAAGAGAAUGUACUAGGCCUCGUGACAAUGUUGCUGUCAAUAAUGCUCGCAAGCAACUCAAAUCCCGACGAAACCAGAAUUCUUCUUCCCGUAAUCCUACUCGGUAUUAUCAGGACUCUCCUACUGGAAAGUAUGCUGGUUUGAGGCCAGGUGCUCUUGAUGAUGCAACGCGUCAACUCUUGGGCUUGGGGGAUCUUGAUCCACCUCCAUGGCUUAACAGAAUGCGAGAACUGGGAUACCCACCAGGAUAUCUUGAUGUGGAUGAUGAGGAUCAGCCUUCUGGCAUAACAAUAUUCACUGACAAGGACAUGGAAGAACAGGAGGACGGGGAAAUUGUCGGGGCAGGUUCUUCAAAGCCAAAACGGAAAAUGAGUGUUGAAUUUCCAGGAAUAAAUGCUCCUAUUCCAGAAAAGGCCGAUGAAAGAUUGUGGGCUCCCAGGCCUGUAGUACCCUUGAUCUCUACAGAUAUUUCAAGGAACUGGUCACAACAGAGAUCAUCGAGUUUUGGCAGCCGAGGACAUCACCGUGAGCUGAGAAUAGGCGACUUAAGGGAUGAUGGUCCUCCAGGGGACCCAGGACACAGUUCAUCCCAAUAUAGUUUUCAACCCAGGUUUGGUAGUGGUCUAGUCUCUCCUAAUUCAAUGGCAGAGUGGAGUAGUAGAAGAAGUCCUUCGCACGAGGAAGAGUCCCCAAAGCCUUUUUCAUUCCAUUCUCUUCAUUAUUCAAACCCUGAGAGGCUUUUUUCGCCGUUGGAUCGAGAUUCUAGUGGCAGACACGGAAACUUUAGCUCUGGAGGCAUGUAUGAUAGAGACAGAGAUAGAGACCGAGAUCAUUCCUCUCGAUUUAGCGAUAGGUGGUCAGACGACCGUCACCAUCAUAGUCGGAGGUGAUAACUGAUAUGACAUCAAACAGGCCCAUGCGUAAGUUCAGAUUAGCACUCGUAGAACAGCAAACUAUGAUCAACUCAACAGGAUAGAUAUAUUCCUUUGUGUUUCGCUACAUCGGAAAGAGUGUUUCUAACAUACCAAGCAUAUUGGUAGGUUGUGAUUCGUGAAGAUACAUUUUAUCAUUCAUAUAUUGAAAUUGUUUUCUCGCCUGUUAGGGAUAUGGGUUUUGCAGAAUUCUAAGCAAGUUGACGGCUUUAGCCAUUUCUGGUAACUUCUGUAUGUACUAUAUUUCCUUUGCUUAUCAUUAGGGUGUUGUUCAUUGCUUACUUAACUCUCAUUUGCUUGUAGAAUGGAUUAUCAGUUCUAGAAUUGAUGACUCUUUUUAAGUUUAUGAACACCAUGUUUAGACCAUGUUGUAGUUUCUGAAAUAUUUUAACAAUAAUAUGGUUUUAGAAUAUGGUUUUAAAUGUGAAA